AUGUCUGGGAAGGAGGAGCCGGCUUGCGUGCUGAACAUCGUCCAGCCCACAAAAUAUGCAUCCACGCAACGCGCAACGCUAACUUGGGAGAACCUGAACGUCGUGAGUGGCUUGAGAUGGCUAUGUCGCCCGUGCAUGCGUAGUUCAAGCACGCAGAAUCCCUUCGCAUAUCUGUCGCAGACCACGAAAGAUGUCAAAGGAGGCACCCGCCAUAUUCUCAAGGAUGUCAGCGGCUACGUCAAGCCCAAGGACAUGCUGGCCAUUAUGGGACCUUCUGGCUGUGGAAAGACCACCCUCCUUGAUGGACUGGCAGGCCGCCUGCCGUCUUCGGUUAACCGUCGGGGGACUGUACUGAUUAACGGCCACAACAGCAGGCUGACAUACGGGCUGUCCGCAUACGUCACGCAGGAUGAGGUUCUCGUCGGCACACUGACUGUACGGGAGACGCUGACGUACGCAGCCCUGCUGCGUUUGCCCUCGAACAUGCUGUACACCGAUAAGAUCGGCCGUGUGGAUGCAGUGAUUCAGGAGUUGGGUCUGGAGGAGGCUCAACACACCAAGAUCGGCACACCUUUCAUAAAGGUUGUUCCUGGGUGUGUAGGGGAGGUGGGGACGGCUGUGGUGUGGGUUGGGAUGCGGUGCGGUGCGAUGCUGUGCGGGUGUGAGCUCAUCACCCAUCCGGGCCUGCUAUUUUUGGACGAGCCAACUUCGGGCUUGGAUGCGGCCUCUGCCUUCCACGUCAUGGCCAAGGUCCGCUCCCUGGCCGAACACAACCGCACCGUCGUCUCGGUAAUCCACCAGCCCUCUUCCGAGGUGUUUGAGCUGUUCGACAAGUUGUGUUUGCUGUCCGCUGGCGAGGUGGUGUACUUUGGUGUCGCCUCCGGUGCCCUGUCCAUGUUCGAGGCGGCUGGAUUGCCGUGUCCCCCUCUUCGGAACCCCACCGACCAUUUCCUCCACGUCAUCAACCGGGAUUUCAAGGGCGACGGUGGUCUGGAUCCGGACGCCAACAUUCAGAAGCUGACAGCUGUCUUCGCAUCCCAGCUCAAACCCGGAGUAGAGGCCGUUUUAAAGGAGUUGACCCAGGAGGGAGAGGAAUAUCGGUGUGUGAGCUGCGGCGCCAGCAGUGCCUACCAGGUGGCCAUUCUCACCAAGAGGAUGUUAGUCAACAACUGGAGGAAUAUCGCCGUGUUCUGGCUGAGGCUGGGAAUGUACAUCAUGCUGUGCAUCUGCAUCGGCACUAUCUACCUCAAGCUGGGUAACGACUGGGUGGGGACCUACAGCCGCGCGGCCAUGAUGUUCUUCGUGGUGGCGUUCCUCACCUUCAUGAGCAUUGCUGGGUUCCCCGCGUUCGUGGAGGACAUGGCGGUGUUUAUCCGCGAGCGGCUCAACGGCUACUACCCAGUUGCGACAUUUGCCCUGGCUAACACACUGGCCAGUGCGCCCUUCAUUUUUGGUAUUGCCAUCAUCUCCUCGGCCAUCGUAUACUGGCUCGUAGAUCUGAAUGACAGCGGCGACCGCUUCGUGUACUUCUUCGUAAACCUGUACGUCAGUCUGACGGUGGUGGAGUCUCUCAUGAUGUCCAUUGCGGCGGUGGUGCCGCACUACCUCAUGGGAAUUGCAGGCGGUGCGGGAAUCCUUGGCAUGUUCAUGUUGGUGUGCGGGUUCUUCCAGCCUGUGGGGGAGCUGCCCGCGCCCGUGUGGCGCUACCCGCUGCAUUACAUCAGCUACCACAGUUACGCGUUUGCGGGCUUCAUGCACAAUGAGUUCGGCAACACGGAGGGCUGGCUCUGCCCCUGCUACAACCAGGAAAAUGGCUGUGGCCCCAACUACAACAGUACCAACAUCUGCACAAUGUCGGGAGCCGAGAUCCUGGACUAUUGGACGGUCAACGGCCUCAAUAAGUGGGUGGAUGUGGGCAUUCAGUGCGCAAUGAUUGCUAUCUACCGCGGCCUGUUCUGGCUGGCACUCAGUAUUAAGGAGUGGUUGCGGCAACGCUGA